AUGAAAAAAGAAAAAAGAAUGCAAAGUGGCCAAGGGAAAUUUCUUCCAAGUAGUCGUGCACACAUUUAUGAUAAAUACAAGCGUAACAAGUGGAAUUAUAUGAUGGAGGAAGAUAGUUCCUUCGGCAAACUUAUGAGUCUCUACGAUAAGGAGAAAACCAAGUAUGUAAUACAUAAGACGACCAAUAACAAUGCAUGA